UAAUUUGCUUCCUGUUCCGCUCACUCUUCCGGUCGCCAUGACGACAGGGCGCCUUGGGGUGGGGGAGACGCUGGAGGCCCUUAACGCCGCUGUGGGGCCGGGUAGCCCGGUGUGGUUCAAGGAGACGCACGCCCGGCACCUGCGUGUCCGAGACUUCUUGGCGCCGCGAAGUGCGCUCCAGGCGCGCUUCCGGGACGGGCAGGUGCCAGAGGGCGUGUUCCGUGCGGUCGCCGGCCUGCAGGGUCCAGGGGUAGCCCCUGUACUGCGCUGCGCGCCAACACCCGCGGGUUUAUCGCUCCAACUAGAGCGGCCCGUGGUCUUCGAGCGCGUCCUCGGUGCCCCGACCUCCUAUGCUAUUCCCGCCAAGCCUGCCUCUCCAGGCCCGCAAAUUGUUCUGCAUUGCCCGGCACUGCGCUGCAACCCCGACACACUCCGCCUGAGCCAGCUGCGUGCAGUGCUCGUGGCCGAUCACCUAGUGCGGACGCUACGCGCUCAUGGGGUAUGUGUGUGCUUGGUGCCCUCGGUGCGGGAUCCGCACAUGGCAACUUUCCUGCAGAAACUUCGGGUGGACUGGCCCGCUGCCUCGAAGAGCACCUCGACUGAAACCCUGAGGACCUGUGUGCUUGCAGAACUUAAUUCUGUUUCUGAGGAGGAGACACUGCCACCUGGCGUCCUAGGCCGAGUGUGUCUGAAGGAACUAGUAGAACAGAGACACGCAGCUGGCUAUGACCCCAGCAUAGACAGCUGUCUGGUGACGGAGGAUCUGCUCUCUGUGCUGUCUGAGCUGCAGGAGGCCGUGCGCCACUGGCCAGAGGGCAGCUACCCAGGCCUGGAUGGGGAUCCAGGCUCAGGUGUCAAUGGCUGCAUGGUUGUGCACGUGGUAAGCUGUGAGGAAGCCUUCCAGCAACAAAAGUUGGAUCUGCUUUGGCAAAAGUUGGAUGACCAGGCUCCUGACAAGCAGAAGCACCUGGUCUGUGGCCCAGUGAAAGUAGCUGGUGUAUCUGGCACUCUGAUGACUGCCCCUGAGUACUACAAGUUCAGAUAUGCUCAGGUGUGUAAGGCCUCAGCACUGAAGCAUGGUGGGGACCUGGCACAAGAUCCAGCCUGGACCGAGACCUUUGAUGUCCUUUCUGUGGCCACCAUCAAGUUUGAGAUGCUAAGCACAGCUCCACAGAACCAACUCCUCUUGGCCGACAGCACCAUCUCCACAAAGGGUACAAAAAGUGGCACUUUUGUCAUGUACAACUGUGCCCGCCUGGCCACCCUUUUCGAGGGUUACCAACACGGCAUGGAACAAGGUCUGUACCCCACUUUCCCACCCGUGAGCAGUCUGGAUUUCUCACUGCUCCAUGAUGAGGGUGAGUGGCUGCUGCUUUUCAACAGUGUUCUUCCCUUCCUGGACCUGCUGAGCCAGACUGUGAGCCUGGCCAGCACCCCAGGGCUCCACGUCCCGGUCCGCACGGAGAUGGUGUGCAAGUUCCUAGUGCAGCUCAGCAUGGAUUUCAGCUCGUAUUAUAACCGAGUACACAUUCUAGGGGUAAGCAUACAGCAAAAGAGCGUCUGUUGGGAAUGUGGGGUGCACACGGUAAAGACAGGGAAACAAGAGGAUGAGCCUGCUUCCUUUUCUUUCAGGAACCUCGGCCACACCUCUUUGGUCAGAUGUUUGCCCGCCUACAGCUUCUGAGAGCAGUACGUGAGGUCUUCCACACAGGCUUGGCCAUGCUGGGCCUCCCUCCACUAAGCCACAUCUAGGGCCUAAAGGCUGGGAAUGUUUACAAAAUCAUCAACUGGGAAAAAGACAAAACUCCACAGAUGCUGGGCACUUAAAGCCAAAAUAAAUACAGUUCACCCCAA